AUGAACCGUGGAAUAAAAGGCGAAGCAGCUUCCUGUCUCCCUCCUCUUCAAGACGCCUAAGAAAACUCUCUCUCUCUCUCUCUCUCUCUCUCUCUCUCUCUCUCAUCCUCGUCAUCUUCUUCGUCAACCGAAGCCCUAGCCAGUCGAUCAGUUUGAUCCAUUGAUAUCUAUUCUAAAGCCCUAACUUUAGUUUCACAGGGUUCUGAGUAGAGGAUUUAAAAUGUUUACUCGAAUUUUCGGCAAACCUAAGCAGGAAGCUAAUGCCCUUGGCACGUUAGACAAGUUAAACGAGACACUUGAGAUGCUUGAGAAGAAGGAGAAAGUUCUUAUAAAGAAGGCUGGUGCCGAGGUUGAAAAGGCCAAGGAAUUCACUAGAGCAAAGAACAAGAGGGCGGCUAUACAGUGUUUGAAGAGGAAGAGGCUCUAUGAACAGCAAAUUGAGCAGCUUGGGAAUUUCCAAUUGCGCAUUCAUGAUCAGAUGAUAAUGUUAGAAGGUGCGAAAGCUACAACUGAGACUGUAGAUGCAUUGAGAACUGGAGCUUCUGCAAUGAAGGCAAUGCAAAAAGCAACGAAUAUUGAUGAUGUGGACAAGACGAUGGAUGAGAUCAAUGAGCAGACAGAGAACAUGAAACAGAUUCAGGAAGCCUUGGCAACUCCAAUUGGUGCGGCGGCUGACUUUGACGAGGAUGAGUUGGAAGCAGAGCUUGAAGAAUUGGAAGGUGCUGAGCUGGAGGAACAACUUCUUCAGCCUGCAACAACAGCUCCUGCAGCUCCCGUGCAUGUCCCUGCAGGCAGGCAGCAAGCACGCCCUGUGCCUCACAAGCGCACAGCUGAAGAAGAUGAGCUCGCUGCAUUACAGGCAGAGAUGGCUCUCUGAGCAGCAGUCUACUGCAGGUAUUAUUGCGCGUGUCGAGUGUAAAGAUGGGUCAAUAGCUGCACUGAGGGGAUAACUGCUGUUGUUUUCACACAUUAAAAAGAAUUUGUGUGCGCAAUUCACUGGUAAAGGGACAAAGCGUCUGUGUGCAAUUAAAGGGACAAUGCGUCUGUGUGCAAUUAAAGGGACAAUGUAUAUAAGAUGGCAUAGACUACACAAUGCCCUCUUCAUGAUUUGUAUUUUAUGCUAUUCAGAGCUUCUGAAUGAGAUUUAUUGCGUUUUCUUCUCUUUUAUUUUUUAUAUUUUUUAAAAUUUUCUGAGUAAUUGGCAACAAGUUUCUCUCCAAUGUUCUGUAAGGCAUCAAAUGGUACCAUUUUUACGGUUUCUCGUGUUGAAAUCAUUUCUUAUAAUUAUUUAGUGUUACAUUUAAUGGCAAAA